UGUGGAUCGCAUCCAUGAAACACAAGGUCCAGUUUUGACACUUCGGCAUCGCCCGCUCGGUUGCAAGAUGGCCAGAACGGCCCCAUCGGGGUGGAAUAUUCCCACAGCGCGCUGGAGGGAACUGAAUGCCGAUGCGAAUUGCACAAGCAACGGAUAUAAAACGCCCCCUGAAUUCAUUGAUCUCACCCAAUUGGCUCUCUACCUUAUCCUUCCAGCCUCUGACUCUUGAAAUCAAUAUCCCCAAAGAUGUCUCGACAGACUCUUACCUUUCGACAACACUCGUCUGAACCGGCCAAGGUUGCUCGCUUACACCAGGAGAAUGGCCAAAGCCACGAAGAUCAGCUGGGCCCCGAGGACGUUCACAUCCGCUUCCUGGCGGCGCCCAUCAACCCGCAGGACCUGAUGGUGGUCGCUGGCAAGUAUCCGGUGCAGCCCGAGCAUCGUCACGCAGGCGAGCCGAUUCCAGGCUACGAUGGCGUCGCUCGUAUUGAGCGGGUCGGAUCGGCCGUCAGCGUCCUCGCGCCGGGCAAUCACGUCGUCCCUCGCGCUCACGGGCUGGGGACAUGGCGCUCCCAUGCGACGGUGCCUGCGCCGUCUCUGCUUCGCGUGUCGGCCACGCUCGACCCCAUUGCUGCUUCUCUGCUGAAGAUGGGCUGCGGGCCUGCGUAUCUGCUGCUGAAUAGCGGCGCCCGCGAGCUCCGCCCGGGCGACUGGGUCGUGCUCAAUGCCGCCACAGGCGUGAUUGCGCAAAUGACAAUUCAAUUCGCUAAGCUACGCGGGUGCCAUACUAUCAGCGUCAUCCGCGACCGGGAUGAUGUGGACUCGGCUCGACAACAGUUACGAGCCCUGGGUGCCGACACCGUGGUGACCGAGUCCGAGCUGGCUGCCCCUGGUGCGGUUGCCUCGUUGGCCGAGGGCAAGAGGAUUAAACUGGCUCUUGACGCCGUGUUUGGCGAGUCUGGCGAACGUCUGGCGGCGUUGCUCAGUCCUGGCGCCACCUACGUGAACUACGGCUCCCUGGGAGGUGCCGUGGGCGCGUCCAUCCCCCUCACGCAGGAGCUGCUGUUCUGGAAGCAGAUUACGUUCAAAAACUUCCGGCUGUCACAGGCACUGUCGCAAUACUCUGAGCCGGAACAGGAGGACCUGCUUGGGUAUUUUGCGGAUCUCUUCGAGAAAGGCUCGCUGCAGACGCCCGCCGUGGACCGUGUGGCGUGGGAAGCGGGCCCCCGUCUGGAGGAAGUUGUGUUGCAGGCGUUGGACGACGCAUCAGGUCAAUCGAAGCGAUGCGUGGGAGCGAGGAAGAAAGUCUUUCACUUUUCCUAAACCGGCAUGUAUUUUCCUGCAGAGUUGUGAUACUUUUCGGGGGCGUGCUGGGAAUACGAGGUGAUCGUCCACGAGGGAUUGAUGGCGUUGCUUGUGUACAUCCUUUAAUUCGCUUGUUGCUCGCUAAAUAAAGCUUAAGCAGUCCUUCCUAUAACACCUUAGCUAAAUGAAAUCAGAUCCAAAGAUUGGAGGGGCUAGUGAGCGAGUCGCGCAAUCCGUAUUGAUGUCUGGUUAGGGCUCAAUUAGGAAGUGGUGGGUCCCCAGGACGAUGCUACAGCAAGAAAGAUACACAUGAACUGAAGGUGGAAUCACGUAAAGAAGAGCUGAGUUGUGGCAUUUCAGAGGAGACUAAUAUCUAACUUCAAGCCAAUAGAUCUUCCACCAGCUUAGUCUGUAUACUGAUUCUCCUUUUCGAUAGCCGGUCCAUUGUACUUGCG